UACCCGCUGAAAAGGGCAUAAACAAGAGCUGAAUUACCCACGUUUGCAGCCACUCACAGGAACAUUAAGUGUCUAUGACAGAGACAUUUUCACAAAAGGUCACAACUGCAGUUUUGCUCUUUUGGAAUCAGAGAAACUGACAACAAACAAACAAUAAAUAAACAAACUGGUUUUUCACAAAUAAAAAUAGUUUAACAAUCAUUUUUAGUCUAAAGCCACUAUGAAAAAAAGACCAUGAAACAUUGAUGUUAUAUUUUCUGUAUUGGAAUCAGUAAAACUAACUCUGAAUGAAUAAAUAAAUAGGAAAUAAUUUUCUCAUUUGACACUAUGAGCUUCAUUUUGUUGACUCGUAUUAAAGAAAUAAAAAUAAAAUAUUUGGAUGUCCUUUUGCAAGUUGCUGACAUUUCUGUUCUAGAGAGAUUUGGAAAACAUUAUUUUAUUGUGCUGAAAUAAAUAAAUGAUUAAAAAAAUUCUCAUUUGAGCUUGAUUUCGUAGUGUUGGAACAAUCAAACAAAUCCUUUUCUUGUUUUACACUGAAAUGUUUGAGCUUCAUUUUGUGGUGUUGGGACUGUAAAUGUAUGAAUGAACAAACAAACAAAUCCUUUUUUCAUGUAGUUGUUUUACAUGACAAUUUAUGUUCUUCUGAUAAGGGACUUUAAAAAUUGUAUUUUUGUUUAUUAUUUUUUAUUGUGCAUGCAUGCAUGUUUAAAUAAAUAAAUAAAUAAAUGAAGGAUGUAUUUUUUCAGUUUUGUAGUUUUCUAUUUUAGACCAGUAUUUUUUACUAUAUUACUGUAAAAAAGAUCAAAAUCUUAAUUUUUUUUUCUGCAAAAAGAAAGAAAGUUAUUAAGUUUUAAAGUGGAUUUAGCUCUGUGGACAUUAUGCGAUGAUGCUUUUGCAACAUUUUAGUCAAAUAACUAAAACUAUUUAACUUUUGGGAUUAGCUCUCGAUUAUGAAUUCCCGAGCCUCUGUUUUAACCUUGAACUUCCUUCCAUCACACUGUUCUAACGUGAACAUAUGAAAUCACACGCGCACACAUGCACACCUCAGAGAGGAGACAGGAUCAGAGAUGGUUUUAGGGAGGGGAUUACAUCUCCAGACUUACUGGUGCCAGGAGUUAAUGGGUUCACUCAAGGCCGAUUGAGACGUCUUCAUUACCACACUUGUGAAAACUGAAGGGGUGGAGAUCAGGACGUUUCCUUUGAUCCAGGGCGAAGUGAAUUGUAAAUGAGCUGGGAUUAGUCCUAUAAAUACUUGAGCCCCAUACUAGAGGUGUUGAUCAGUGAACCCAAAGCCAUGCUUAUCAGAACACAAACACACAUGUGACUCACUCAGACUCGGGACUUCAGCUGGAAACUCACCCUAAAGAAGAAGAACUGCACAGCUGCUUGUUGUUAUACUGGAUAUCUGUCUUUCUUUGCUGGAUUUAGACACAGCUGGUUCUCAAAGAUGAAGGGGCAUUUUUCCAUCGAGUGGCUUUCUCAAAGCAGCCAGGCCUCGGCGUCCACACUUCCCUCAAACUCAUGGGUCUCUCCCGGUCAGGACGUCCCGAGCACCUCUGGCACUGCUUCUGAGAGCCUUCCCGGCUUCUACAGCAGAUGGAGACCAGAAAACAUGGAGGAUCAGGAGAAACACAUGGAGCCAGCACAGCCGGGAAACAGUUUGUUGUGUACAUCUACACAAGAUACAGAGUCCAGUGACAACAAUAUCAUCCAGCAACACACUCACGCAUCAGAGCCAGGUUUCAGCAGCAGCGCGGAGGAGGAGGAGACGUCAGGGUACGAGAGCGAGGGCGGCCCCUCUCUCUCACCUGGGGCCCCUAAAGACCCGGCGCCGUCAGUGUCUCCCUCUACCGGCCGCAGACCCCGAACUGCGUUCACCGCCGAGCAGAUCAACAGUCUGGAGAGAGCCUUCAAGAGAAACGCUUAUCUCGGAGCCCAGGACAAAUCUGAGCUCUGCAAAAGACUGAAUCUGUCUGAUAAACAGAUAAGAAACUGGUUCCAGAACCGACGCAUGAAGCUGAAACGGACCGUUCAGGACAGUCUGGCUCACGCCUGCCAGGCCAAGGUGGCUUCGCAUAUGAUGCAUUACUCCGAUCUGCACAGUUUCCGUGCCGCUCCGUAUCCCAGCUACUAUCCGGCGGUCCAGGAGACCCCAGCACCUUACGGCCCUGGAUUUCACUACAGUCCUGCUCCAUCCGGAGGCGUGCCGACCCUACCUGUGGAGGCCCUGUAUCAGUACAGCACCCUACAGAGCCUUCCUGUCCAUCCCAGCAACCCUUCCGUGAUGAGCCCAUACCAGCCCUACCACUCACAGUACUACAGCACACAGUGAGAGGAGAGAACGGCAACAAAACAUUCAUUUCUGCCUGUUAAGCCUUAGGCUUUGUUUACAUCUCUGCUUUUGUGAAUACAGGGUGAAGUGCAAUAACAAAUGUGAUCUUUUUUUAUCGUUUUGAUGAAUUCUUAUUUAAAUAUGUUUGUAAAUCUUGAGAAAGUUCUAUUUCGUUCAUGUCUAUGUGUUCAAGA